GAGGCCCGAGGAGGAGGGGCCGCCCGUGGCCCAGUCAGCGCUGACCAGCCCUUCUGUUUGCAGUGGUGCGGCGUGGUGCGCCUGCGCGAGCCCCCGCCGCUGCGCCCCCCCGGCCCGGCCAAGAAGUUCCAGUGCGACUUCUGCGGCAAGAGUUUCCAGUGGCAGAGCAACCUGCAGCUGCACGUGCGCAGCCACACGGGCGAGAAGCCGUACCCGUGCCCGAGCUGCUCGUACCGCGCCACGCAGCGCUCCGACCUCACCAAGCACAUGCGCAUCCACACGGGCGAGAAGCCGUACAUGUGCCCGCACUGCCCCUACCGCGCCGCCUACACGUCGUCCCUCAAGGACCACAUCCUGCUGCACCACCGGAGCGCCGAGCCGCCGCCGCCGCCGCCGCCCGCGCUGCCCCAAGCCGUGGGGCGCGCCGUGGCGGCGUUGGGGGGGGGGCGCCUGGUGUGCCCGCUGUGCCCGCGCUCCUUCGCGUCGGCCGCCGAGCUGGGCCGCCACACCGCCGCCGCGCACCGCCUCGACAAGCUCUACUGGUGCCAGCAGUGCCACUACCGCUCCGACUCCAAGUCGAACCUACUGCGCCACCUGCGCACGCACACGGGCGAAAAGCGCCACGCCUGCCCCGUGUGCCCCUACCGCGCCGGCCAGCGCUCCGACCUGCGCCGUCACCUCCGCGUGCACGCCCUCCGCCGCGCCCACAACGCCCUUCAGUGCCGCCUCUGCGACUUCACAACGCCCACGCCCGUGGCCUUCGCGCUGCACAUCCUGGAGGCGCACUCUAAGGGCGGCGCCCACGACCCACUGCAGGACGACUAUGACGAGGCCGAGCUCGAGGCCCGGGCGCCGGGCGACGGCUUGUACGGCGAGGCAGCAGCGGCGGCGGCAGCGGCGGCGGCAGCGGCGGCGGCAGCAGCAGGGCAUGGCAGCGUCGGUGGCGCCCUGGACGGCUUCCCCGCGGGGAUUACCCCGCAGGCCUUACUGUGCCCACACUGCGGCCGCGGCUACACCCACCGGUCCACCCUGCGGCGGCAUCUGCUGUCGCACACGGCCGACAAGCCGUACGCGUGCGGCAUGUGCGGCUACCGCGCCAUCCAGCGCUCGGACGUGACGCGCCACAUGCGCACGCACACGGGCGAGAAGCCGUACCCGUGCCCGCACUGCCGCCACCGCGCCUCGCAGUCCGGCGACCUCGACCGCCAUAUCGUCGCCGUGCACUCCGACCUGUGUCUGGAGUGCCGCGUGUGCCCGCACCGCGCGCCCACGGAGGCCAGCAUGGUCAUGCACAUGAGGAAGAAGCACGCCUAGCCCCUCCGCGCCUGCCUCGCCCACGGGACGCCUCGCGAAGGGGCGGCGGAGGAGGCGCCGACGUCUCCGCCCCGGGGUUUGUAGCCCCGCGGGCCCGCCUCGCGAGGGCCACGGCGUCUCUCAUCUUGAUUCGCCUUCGCCUCUCUCUGUUCUCCCUCCUCCCUGACCUGCCUACUGCCUCCUCGCCAUGCCCUUCGUCCCUCGUCUGCCUCUCCUCUCUUCUCCCCUUUCUCUUCCGCCUACUCAGGCAUCACCUUUUUCGGUUUCCGCCACUCACGCGUUUUCUUGCGACCACACACACACACGCACGCACGCACGCACGCACGCACGCACACACACACACACACACACACACACACACACACACACACACACACACACACACGCACACGCACACGCACACGCACACGCACACACCAAGUAUAAAAAAAAAAAAAAAAAAAAAAAAAACGAAAACGUGUCUAUUUUUUAGUUCGUAUUUGUUUUAAAAUUGAAUUUGAAAGCUAAAUUUUCAGAUUCAAUUAGAAUUAGCAGUUACUUUUAAAUUAAUUUAUAGAUAGGAAAUGAAAGUCAUUGUUUUUGUGUACCAAUAAAGCAUAUAUGCACACACACACACACACACACACACACACACACACACACACACACACACACACACACACACACACACACA